AUGCACGACCCCAAGGCUGUUUCAACACUAUCCCCAGCGCGCUCGCGCCGCACCACGGUCCUUGUGAAAACGCUUGACGCCCAACUGCAAUCUCUCACCGGCGACUAUAGCACCCUCGUCAAACUCAACGUCGCGCAGAAGACCACGAUCAUCAAUUGGCGCGCGGAAGCUCGUGCGUUGCGAGCCCAGCUUAUUAGGGAGCAAGUGAAGCAUGCGGCGGUGCAGAAGACGCAGGCGAGGUUGGAGGGGAGGAUCGAGGAACUAGAGUCGCUUGUCAAGAGUCAAGAGGAUGCUUUUGCUGAAGAGGAUACAUCUGAAGAUGAAGAUAAUGAUCUUGCUUACCUCCAUCGCGCAUCACGGAGCACAUACAUCUUCGGCUCAUGUAAAUCACGUCGAGUAGGUCAACUUAUGCGCACCCAACGCGCACAACGCGCCCAGAUAGCCGACCGCGACGACGAGAUCAUGCGGCUCACGCUCCACCGUAGCGCGCUCAACGCUGAGCUUACGACAGUCACCGCGGGCCUCCAAGCGCUGCAAAAGGUCGCCAUGAAGCAGAACGACCAGUUGAGAGGACAGAGCACGGGGAUUGAGCAAGCGGAGGAGGAACUGGAGCUGUUGAAGCUUUCGGCGGAGGUUUGGAGGUUAGAUGCUGAGUAUUGGAAGGCGGAGGCAAUGAAGGCGCGCGGGAUAACGAGGGCGAUGGAGCAGACUGUUUCUUGUGCUGAGCAAGACGAUAUGGAUGCCAGCGCGGAGCCAGCGACUCGUGUCGUCUUAUAA